AUGGGUGCAUCCGGAACCAAACGAGUCAUUCAAGCUGAAUUAUCUCAAGACCAACUUGACUAUUUAAAAAUGCGAACACGAAUGACAGAAGAAGAAAUUCAAAAAUGGUUUCAUGGCUUUUAUAAAGAUUGUCCGGAUGGUCUCUUAACACAAAAACAAUUUAUUCUCAUGUAUAAUCAUGCGUUUCCAGACGGAGAUGCAACGCAAUAUGCUAAAAGAGUAUUUGUUACUUUUGACAAAGAUAAUUCGGGGAAAAUUGAUUUUACUGAAUUUCUCUUAGCAAUGGAUUUAAUGGAAAAUGGCAAUUUAGAUGAAAAACUUCGUUAUGCAUUUCAAUUAUACGAUGUUGAUAAAAACGGAAUUUUAACUAAGUCAGAAAUUGAAACAAUUAUCAAGAUGAUUCUUUCACUCCGUGGUGAAGGAAACAAUGAUCGUCUGAAAAACGAUGUUAUGAAACACUUGAAUCAAUUUAUUACAAAAUUUGAUGAAAAUAAUGAUGCGAAAAUAAGUCAAGAUGAAUUUUGUCGGAUUUGCUCACAAGACGAAUAUCUUAAAGAAUUCCUAUCACCAAAUUUUUCUUCGUAA